AUGCAACUUCACAGGCCACUUCAUGCCGCAAGAUAUUUUCUUAAUCCUAGUCUUCAUUUCGAGGAGAACUUUAAUGCUGAUAAAGAAGUCAAAUGCGGAGUGUAUGAUGUCAUUGAAAUGAUGUAUGGUAGGCCAACAAUAGUGACAAUUCAUGAACAACUUGUAAAGUUCAAUGAGAGCAUCGGGAUGUUUGGGAUAUCCGUAGCCGUGCUAAUGAGGAAGAAAAUGCAACCUGCUAAAUGGUGGUCAAGUUAUGGAGACGAGUGCCCAAAACUUCAACAUCUUGCUAUUCGUGUCUUGAGCCUCACAUGUAGUGCCACCAGAUGUGAGAGAAACUGGAGCACUUUUGACCAUAUAUACUCCAAGAAGAGGAACCGUUUGGAGCAACAAAGGUUGAAUGCAUUGGUGUUUGUGAAAUAUAAUAUCAACCUUGAUACACGACUUCAAAAGAGAAAAGAAAGAGGGGAGACCUAUGAUCCAAUAUGUUUGUCGGACAUGGAGUCAGAUGAUGAAUGGAUUACUGAAAAGGAGGAUGGAAUUUCAAAAAUCUCUGUAUUUCUAUAUUCUACGCAACGGUUUAAGCUAACAUCGACUUCGUGGCACACUCGUUGUGUUCCACGCUUGUUGCCGGUUGCUGCCGCCCUUCCUCCUCCGUGCUCCGUCUUUCACCCCAACCCGAAACAAAUCAACUCCAAGAAACUCUGUUUAUUAUUAUUAUUAUUACAUACAUUCUAUUUUAUUUCCGAUAAAAAAGGUAGCAUUUGA